UUUCUGUGUCUUAACAUGACUACAACUUCCUGUUCACAGUUAAAUAUAUUAUUUCUGAUGGUAUCUUUGUUAUUAUUAUUUGUAGCCAUGAAGGUCCGUUCUUCAGUGAAGAAAAUGUGUGAGUUUUGUCGGACAGUCAAACGGCGUGGGCGAGUUUAUGUAUUAUGCACUGCCAAUCCCAAGCAUAAGCAGCGCCAGGGCUUGUCAACAUUUGCAUAUGAAGGUCCACUACUUCCGACUUCCUCGGUGACGAGUGGCAAGGAGCAGACAUCACACACUCGUAGCUUCACCAACGGACUGCCUGCUCUUAUAUCGAAAAAGGACGAAAUGUUAACAGUUACACCUUGGUGGAGAAUGGGUAUAGUUUCCCGUCUGCUCAAUGCAGGCGGCAAGCAGUAGAAGAUAUGGUACUAAAUUGUUAAUUUUUUUUAGAAAGAUUGAGAAAUUGAACAAAAGUUAGCUGUAUUUGGGUUUGUUAUCAAUGACAUUAUCUUUAUUCAGCAUCCAUAUUGUAUUAGCUAGAAAUACUUUUCAAAUAUUUUAUUUCCAUAUUAUCAGAACGGUUGGAAAAUUGGCUUAAUGGGGUUAACCUUGGCAUAAUUUUGAAUGGGAUCCGUUCAUUCAUUUUGGAAAAUCAAAGUUGAUCUGUGUUUUCUG